AUGACUGCUGUACAACGAAAACUUGGUCGUCGUUAUCAAAGAUAUAUAUCAGCCCGACAAACAUUUGAAGAUAAAGAAGAUGAUCCAAAAGAUAUUUGGGAACGUAUUAUUAAAAUGCCCGAUGUUUUAUCAGCAAUGGCAAUUGAUAUACAAACAAAUGAUAUAUUUCCAUUAUAUGGUUUAAAUAAUAUAGCUCGGAAUGACAUGAAUAGUUUUUGUCGUGAAUAUAUUGAAAUGGCUGUUGAUUUUUCUUUAAAUAUGGAUCCAACUGAUGAAGUUAAAAAUUUACGUAUAAGAAGUCAAGAACGUGAAAUUGUUAUUGCAUAUGAUGAGGGAACAAUUUUUGUUAUUAUACAAUCAUUAUCAAAAGAAAAAAAUAUUGUAUUACCAACGUUGUCACUCGAUCUAUGA